CCUCCUCAUUGUGCUCGCCCAAGACCCCAAGAAAGAGGAAGAAAAAGCUCUCCAACCCUCCUCCAUUGCUGCAACUCGAGCUCAACCAAGAAGGGUCCAAGGAGUGGGAUUAAAGAAGGAAAAAGGCUAGGAAAAGUGUGUAAAAUUAAGGAACUUGUAAAGGGUGUUUCAAGUGAUUCCACAAAGUUGGAAAAGUCGCCGGAAUUGUCGCCGGAGUUGACCAAAAGUCGCCGGAGUUUCACCGGAGUUCAACCAAGAAGGGUAGAACUUCAUACGCUAGUUCAAGGUUGAAGCUAGGGCUUGCUACCUGCACCUUUUUACGGGUGACAUCAAAUCAAGGAAGACGUGAAAUGGAGGGCAGGCGAAUGCGGACCAGGAACAACCCGAGGGGGCAGGCGCCGGUAACAUCCCAAAGGGGAAGCCGGGCUGCAUCUCGGGGUUCAAGAGGAGGCCGUGGAGGCCGUGGAAGCCAUGGAGGUCAUCAAGCUCAAACUGUGAGUGAUGGCCAUGUAAGCUCGGUGUAUGAAACCAACACCGAGGACUAUGACUCAACCUACGUUCCGGAAACGGAGCAUGAGGAGACCCCGUAUGAUGGGGGUGACACAUACACCGAUGAUGACGACGAAGAGAGUGAUGCCAAGUUCGCUCAAAUGGGCGAGUUGCUUGAGUGGUAUCAAAAAGAAAAGCUGAGGAGAGACCUUAGGCGCCAAGCAAGGCGUGGCUCUCGUGGUGGUUCGGGUCAAGGGAGUCGGGGAGCUUCCGUGGCCACCCCAGCGGCGCCACAAGGUGGGCAUGAAGGAGGUUUUGUGGUAAGAAUCUCCAAAUACCUCAAGGAGGCUAGGGCCUUGGGGUGUAGGUCCUUUGACGGCACCGGCGACAUCACCGUUGCCGCCGAUUGGAUCAAGAAGGUGAAGGAUGCAUCGAGAGACAUGCAGAUUACUCCGGACGUGAAGCUAACUGUCGCUUCACGGCUACUUGAGGGGAUGGCUUCUACAUGGUGGGAAGGUGUAAAAGGGAAAUACCGUGGGGACAUCUCAUGGGAAAAUUUUGAGCAAGAAUUUUAUGCUCAGUACUACUCCGAUUUCGAGGUUAAUGUGAAAAGGAGGGAGUAUACCAACCUCAAACAGAAAGAGGGUUGCACAGUUAAGCAACUGGAGCAAGAGUUCAGGACCUUGGCUAGGUUCUUACCGGAGUAUGCGAUCAAUGAGGACCGCAUGACUGAGCACUUCUGGGAUGCCUUACUCUUGGACAUCCGAGACCGUGCCACGUAUUCCCGCCUCAUGACCUUUAGUGAGGUGGUAGAACAGGGCAUGCUUGGAGAGGCCCAGUGGAAUGAGAGGAAGGCAAGGGACGCCGAAGAGGCGAAGAAGAGGAAGUGGAAUAAUUCGGGGCCACCCGAUCAUUCUCGAAGGAACAACCACGGGGGUGGUGGUGGUGGCGGUGGUUCAUUCAAGGCGCCGGCUCCACCGGCGAAGAAGAAUAGGGAUGCGAGGUGGCACGGACCUAGGCCACAGAACUCGGGGCCACCUAGAUGUCCCAAUUGCUCAAAACAACACUUUGGGAAGUGCAAUGAACCACCGAGGUGUUUUAAGUGCGGGAAUGCGGGCCAUAUGAAGGCCAAUUGCCCUCAUUUGAUGCAAGAGAGUGCCUCGGGAGCUGGGGGAGGGAUCAUUCAAAAUUUUAUAAAUCUUAUAGUGAUAAAUAAAAAAAGCUCAA